GCAGCAGCAGCCUGCAGCAGCCGGCAGGGAGGUGACAGAGCCCUCCUCUCCCUCCCAGGCUCAGCGAGCACGGGCAUCGCCAGCAGCAACUGAGGCCGCAGAGACGAGCGUCCGCAUCUACGAGAUGGAGGGUGAGCCUGAACAACAGGAAAUGGUCCCAAACAAGAAGAAUGUCGUCUUAGUAGAUGGUAUCAUACUCAACGGUCCCACAACAGAUCCAAAAGCAGGAGAAAAGUUUGUGGAAGAAGCCUGUCAGUUAAUCAUGGAAGAAGUGAUUCUGAAAGCCCCUGAUGUCACAGAGAAGGUUUGUGAAUGGCAGCCUCCGGAGCAGCUGAAGCAACUGCUUGAUCUGGAGAUGAGGGACACUGGGGAGCCACAUCAGAGACUCUUGAAACUUUGCCAGGAUGUCAUCCGAUACAGCGUCAAAACCAAUCACCCAAGAUUCUUCAAUCAGUUAUAUGCUGGCAUUGAUUACUAUGCCCUAGUCGCUCGGUUCAUCACAGAGGCUUUGAACCCAAGUGUUUAUACCUAUGAGGUGUCCCCAGUGUUUCUGUUAGUGGAAGAAGCUGUUCUGAAGAAGAUGAUUGAAUUCAUUGGCUGGAAAGAAGGGGAUGGCAUAUUUAACCCAGGUGGUUCUGUGUCCAAUAUGUAUGCCAUGAAUUUGGCUCGAUACAAAUACUGUCCUGAGAUUAAGGAGAAGGGACUCUCUGGGUUGCCCAGACUGGUCCUUUUCACAUCAGCAGAGAGCCAUUACUCUAUGAAGAAGGCAGCAUCUUUCCUUGGGAUUGGUACUCAGAAUAUUUACUUUGUGGAGACAGACUCAAGAGGUAAGAUGAUACCUGAGGAACUGGAGAAACAAGUCCAGCGAGCCAGGAAAGAGGGAGCGGCCCCUUUCCUCGUCAGUGCCACCUGUGGGACAACUGUGCUGGGGGCAUUUGAUCCUCUAGAUGAAAUAGCAGAUAUCUGCGCCAGAUACGGCCUUUGGUUCCACGUAGAUGCAUCUUGGGGUGGCUCAGCUUUGAUGUCAAGGAAGCAUCGCAAGCUUCUGCAUGGCAUCCACAGGGCUGACUCAGUAGCCUGGAACCCACAUAAGAUGCUUAUGGCCGGGAUCCAGUGUUGUGCUCUUCUUGUGAAAGACAACUCGGACCUUCUUAAAAGAUGCUACUCUGCAAAGGCAUCUUACCUGUUCCAACAAGAUAAGUUCUAUGAUGUCAGCUAUGACACAGGAGACAAGUCAAUCCAGUGCAGUCGCCGACCUGAUGCAUUCAAGUUCUGGAUGACUUGGAAGGCCCUGGGGACGCUGGGCCUGGAAGAAAGAGUGAACCGGGCUCUUGCAUUAGCUAGAUACCUCGUGGAGGAAAUUAAGAAAAGAGAAGGAUUCCGACUGCUUUUAGAGCCCGAGUUUGCUAACGUUUGCUUUUGGUACAUUCCACCGAGUUUAAGGACAAUGGAAGAAGGACCUGAGUUCUGGGCAAAGCUGAACCUGGUUGCCCCCGCCAUUAAAGAGAGGAUGAUGAAGAAGGGCAGCAUGAUGCUGGGCUACCAGCCACAUCAGGGCAAAGUCAACUUCUUCCGCCAGGUGGUGAUCAGCCCCCAAGUGAGCCGUGAAGACAUGGACUUCCUCCUCGAUGAGAUUGACCUCCUAGGUAGAGACAUGUAGCCAUCACUCAGGAAGGCCCCAGAACACAAAUCCCACUGAGCAGAAAUUUCCCAAUCAAGAACAUCUGGGGCCUUGUUAUAGAGAUGCUGUUCUUCAGAUGCUCAUUAGGAAAUGCUACCAUCACUUUAAAAUCAAAUUGCUUAGUGUACAUCUUAAAAAUGCCUCACAAGCCUCUGAAGUCUGGAAAAGUGAGGGCAACAGAAUCAUGAAAAUAUCAUCCCUGCUGCUGUUAUAGUAUGGACACCUUCUCUAGAACAGUUGUCUGGGAGGAGUUUUCUUGGAGGGUGGGGUAGAGCGAUGGUCUUGGGUAUUAAGCAGCCAUUCCCUCUUUAAAGAAUUCUUGACUCCUAACCGUAGGAAUUAUGUUCUUAUACUUCACAAUCACAAUCACAAAAGAUUCCCAUUAACAGCUCAGAGGAGCUUGGGAAUGGUUGAGAGAUGAGUUGGGCAUUGUCCAGCCAGGACAUGAACUUGCUUCUGUCCCCCAGCAGUUAGACUCUGCAUAGAUAGCUCUCACCCAGAUCUUUGGUGGCCCUAGAAGCAUGUUAAAGCUAUUUUUUAAAAAGAGGAAUGAUGAAAAAUAUUUAUAUGAAAGAGAGAACUUUUUAUGUGGACCGAUUGUGGCAAAUGAUUGGAAUUCAACAUGGCACUGAUCUGUUUUAAUCUACCUAUAGCUUUUUUUUAAACUCUCAAAUUACUUAGUAAGGUAGAUAUUUAUUAUUAGUUUUGUUUUCCUUUUUCCACCCAAGAUUAACAGCCCCAAGAAUGUUCUUCCAUCCUAGUCUUCUGGACCACAUUCCUGUUUUGCUCUGAAUCUUAUUGUUUUGCUUUGGCUUAAUCCCCAGGUAUGGAUCUGCUUCCAUCACCAUAAGACAGGACCUGACUAGACAAUGUUCAUCUUCCCUCCCUUUGGAUGGGGAGGGCCACUUGACAAAUAAUACUGAUAACUCACAUUUAUAUCAUGUUUUAAUGCUUAUGAAGCAUUUUGAGCUUGGUGGUACAAAUAUUAUUGUCUCCAUUUUACAGAUAAGGAAACAGAGGUUAAGAGAGGGGAAGUCACAGUUAGUAGAGGUCACAACUGGGGUUUUAACCCAAGUCCUAACUACAAUGCCAGCACUCUUUCCACAGACACUUACCUUAGAUAGGAAGGAGAGAGCAGGCCCAACCUAGGCCUCAAAAGUUAAAGCCUUGGUCAUGAAAUUAAAAAAGGAUCAUCAGCUGUACAGAAGCAACUAAAAUGAAGGUAAGAAUAGAUUUUCCUUAAUCCCCAAGACUGUUCCUUAUCAUGUACUUAUAAAGGUUGGUUUUGUUUUGACCAUUUACCAAUAACAUGGCUAUACUAGGUUCCAUCCAUCCUUUUGACAAGGAUUUAUUAAGUGCCUCCUGUAUGCUAGGCACUGUGCUGAGUGCUGGGAACAAAUAUAUAUAUAUAUAUAUA